AUGAAGACAACCAUUGGAUUAUCUCCUUUUCAAAUGGUCUAUGGAAAGGCUUGUCACCUGCUAGUGGAGAUGGAACAUAGAGCACUAUGGGCAUUAAAAUUCUUGAAUUUUGACCCUGGUGACACUACAGAAAAGAGAAGGAGGCAACUUAUUGAGCUUGAGGAGAUGAGGCUGCAUGCCUAUGAUUCUUCUAAAAAUUACAAAGAAAAGGUGAAAUACUAUCAUGACAGGAAGCUGGUAAAAAGGGUCUUUACUCCAGGACAGCAGGUGUUGCUAUUCAAUUCUCAACUAAAACUUUUCCUUGGAAAGUUGAAGUCCAAGUGGUCUGGCCCGUUCCUAAUCAAGAAUGUCCUCCCUCAUGGAGCAGUUGAGUUGACAGACCCAAUCGCCAAAGACCCACAAAGAAGUUGGGUAGUCAAUGGUCAACGCCUCAAGCAUUACUCGGGUGAUGAGGUAGAACGCCUCUCUACAGUCAUGCAGCUGGUUCUAUAUGAUCAAGGUCAUCUUUUGUUAUCCCUUAUUCUUUUAGCCUCCACAUAA